AUGGUUUCAGGAAAGGUUCCAACAACUGGUUGUCGUUUCGAGCCUGAUAGAAAAGCUCAAAAUGUUGCUAAUAAAUCAGCAGGUUCUUCUCAGUUUGCAAAAAUGAGUGUGCCACCUUCUGACAUUUCACCACAUUCCUUUAAACAAGUAGACAAGAAUGAUAAUCGAGUUACCAUGAGCCAGAAAAGUAAUUCUAAUAAAAUGCAAAAUCAUGGACCACCAAAACCACAUCAAAGUGCUGUUAAUAAUGCCAAGUCAUCUGUGAAUUUUAAAGUUCUGAAUAAUGUAAAUCAGCCAAAUUAUGUUGGAGCGGGAAAGAAUUUUUCUGUUGGUACUAAUUGCAAAAGUUUUAAUUCUGGACAAAAUAGAACAUACCACCCAAACUUGUUCAAUGAUGCCAAUAUCACAGGGAAAAUGAAUUCUGUUCCGCAUGAAAGUAAUUCUUUUAAUACCAAAAUGAAAUAUCCUGAUCAAAUUAACAAGAAUGGUACUAGCCUUCUCAAUAGUCCAAAACAGUCGCUCCUCAGCACUCCUCAGUAUUAUAAUGCAUCUACAUCAGUUCCUAAUCGCUCACCGCAAUCCUUUCCAUCUCAGUACUAUAAUCCAUCGAACUCGGUUCCUAAUCCUGUUUCAAUACGCAUGCAGAAUGAUCUAAAUCCAUUUUUAACAAAAUUUGUGAACAAUGUUGCUGUACCUCAAAGUCAUGGCCAUGAAGUAUUUCAACAGCAUGAACAACGAUGUAUGCAGAAUAUUGAUGCUAGCAUAAAAAGUCCUGAAUCACAAGACCGUAACAAGAAAAAAUUCCACCAAAAACAUACCAAGCCUAAUUAUCCAUUUACAGGAAAACCUAGGCACAGAACUAGGAUGAGAAGAAAGGGGAAAAAUUUGGAGCAAAACAAAGAAGCAGAAAAUGCGUUACCAUUAUGGUCGUUUCAUCGAGCUCCUCAGGCAACAGUAAAAAGUGUCAAAUAUGAUGAUUCAGAUGAAGAAACUAACUCAAGCAUAGCGGAUACAGGCAGUAAUCCUUCAGACUCUGAAAGCAGUGAAUUGUCAGAUUCUGAGCUUAGUGAAAUUAGUAGCGAAUUUUCUUUAACGUCCAUUAAAGCAAAAGAAAUGGCUUCCUCAAGUUCUAGCUAUCCUAUUUUAAAAGCUAGUGAAGGCUUUGUGUCUACAUUUUGGGACAUUGAAAAUUGUCCUUUACCCAGUAAAAUAUCGGCUGUUGAUUUUGUAAAAUUCAUAAGAAAUACGUUUUAUGAAGGAAGAACUGAGGUUGAUUUUUUUGUGGCUUGUGAUGUUUCGUCUGUGAACCAGUCUAUUUUGAGAGAAUUGGAUGAAGCAUCCGUUAUUGUUGUACACAUCAGCUCGACAAGUAAAAAUGCUGCUGAUAAGAAACUGUUGACAUUUCUUCAAAAUUUUCAAAUCGAACACAGGAAUGAAAAGUCAGCUGUUGUUUUAAUAUCUGGUGAUUCUGAUUUUGCUUCAUUUUUAAAUGAUAUGCGGUACAAGCACCAUAUUUUUAUCAAUCUUGUUUGCAAGCGAGAUUCCAGACAUAGUUUGUUUGAAGCUGCGCACAAAAGUGUUUAUUUUGAAGAUCUGAUUAAGAAAUUACCAGAAAGGAAGCAAAAUGCUGAUGUACAAUAUACUGUUAUUGUUUCAAAUCUUCCUACGAACAUGAAGUCUAAAAACAUUAAAAGUUCCAUAUUAAAUAAAAUUGGUAACAAAAAUUGUCGAAUAAACAUGAUCGAUAAAGUUUCAGCAAGAAUAGUUUAUCCAUCUCGUGCUGCUCGUGACAAAUCUUUACCGUUACUUGAAAAUUUUUUGAUCAAGGACCGCAAAAUUGAAUUUACUUUGAGUGAAGACAUGGAUGAUAGUUCAGUCUCGUGCAGUAAAAAGAAAGUUCAUAAAGCUUCGCAGAAUACACCAAUGGAAACUUUGCAUCACAAUGUUCAUAAAAAUGAUAGCAGCUGUGAGGGAAAAGCUGCUUCGGUAUUGGUUCAUGUCAUAGAAAAUGCAAAUGAUGUGAAGUAUUGGGAAAAGAAUUUUGAAAAAAUGUUCGGUAUGAAUGAUUUUCAACUUCAAAUAUUGGGGGUAAAUACGUUGGGUAAUAUGAUGAUAAAGUUUAAAAGCCUUAGUAAAGCUCAAAAAGCUCGUAAACUUUUAAUGAAUGUUGAAAAAGGUAAUAAAAAUAGCCCUAAAUUUUUAAAAUUAAUCAAACAUGAUGCUGAUCUAACUGGUUCAAAUAUUGACACUGGAGUUGAUGUUUUAGAAUUAAAUAGGAAAAAAAUUGAAGAAUGUUUACAUUUUAUUGUAAUGAAAAAAGAAGCUUCUUUAAAGAUUCAUGAAAAAAAUGUUAUCAAUGUUAAAAUGGGAAUUUCUGCCCAGAUUCUUGGUUCAAAGGAGACUGUUUUGGAUAAAUUAAAUGAACUGAAUGAACAGAAGAUUACCUUCCUAAAUUUCACAUCAAAUUUGAAAACUAAAGUACAAAAUUUAAAUCCACUCUCAGAAACUUUUGAAGAUUCCAAAAAUUUGAUUUUGCAUGAAUAUUUACGAGAAUGCAACUGCAUUUCUGUAGGUUUGCCUAUUUAUGCUAAGAAAAACCUUAUAUUGAAAAAAAUUAAAAGUAAUCAAGUGACAAUAAUUCGUGCGGAGACCGGUUCUGGGAAGAGUACUCAGCUGUGUCAGUAUAUUUGGAGAGAAUCAAAUUUAUGUCAGAAUGGUCUAAUUGUUUGCACUCAGCCCAGGAAAAUUGCAGCUGUGUCCCUUGCCAAGUAUGUGAGCUCCCAAGUAGGUUGUUCACUUGGGGAUGUUGUUGGUUAUGAAGUGGGUAUGUCUUGCAAAACAUCCGCGAACACAGCUAUACUGUAUACAACAGAUUUCUCGAUGCUGAAGAGGAUUAUCAAUGAAGGCUUAAAGAAUAUAGCAUGCAUUGUUAUUGAUGAAGCGCAUGAAAGGACUGUGUACACUGACCUUUUACUUGGAAUGAUUAAAAAGCUCCUUCCUUCAAGGCGUGAUCUGAAAGUUGUUGUGACAUCUGCAACAAUUGACAUUUCGAUUUUCCGUAAUUAUUUUCAGUUGUCAACUGAUGCUGUUCUGGAAGUACCUGGUCAGACAUUUCCAAUUGAAGACAUAUGGCUGGAAAAUGAUGUUCAUUUGAGCUGGGACUAUUUCAGUAAAACUUUAGAUGUUGCUUAUGGCAUGCUGAGUGAAGAUGCUGGGCACAUAUUAGCAUUUUUAACAACUCCGCUUGAAACUGAGAAAGCUGCUGAAGCUUUAAGCAAUCGCUUGAUAAAUGAAGCAUGUCACAACAACAUCAGGGUUUAUUUUUUGCAUGGCAAGGUAGAUGUACAAGAUCAGCAAAAAGUUUUUGAAAAUUUGCCUUCUGGAAUUAGGAAAGUUGUUUUUGCGACUAAUUGUGCUGAGACUUCUGUAACAAUUGCAGGUAUUAGAUAUGUUAUUGAUUGUGGCAUGGUAAAAGAAGUGAAAUAUGACGCAAACAAAAACAUGAACGUUAUGUCUGUCAAUUUCGUGAGUCAGAGCUCUUCCAAUCAGCGACGUGGACGAGCAGGUAGGACUCGAGAUGGGAAAUGUUUUCAUUUAUACAGUAAAGCUAAUUAUGACAGAAUGGAUAAAUAUUCCAUUCCUGAAAUCCUGAGUACUAAUCUUGGGAAUGUUUUGCUGAAAAUCAUGAAAAUGGGAGUUAAAGAUCCUCUGCAGUUUGAUUUUGUUGAGUCACCUCCCAAAGAAUCUUUAAAUUCUGCUUUGCAGCAGUUGAAAAAUUUAAAAGCCGUUAAUAAUGAUUUAUCAUUGUCCAAAGUUGGUUUUCAAAUGGCUUGCUUACCACUUGAGCCACGCUUAAGUCACCUAAUAUUAAAGGGAAUAGAGAUGAAUGCCGGAUAUGAAGCCUUGAUAUUAUCUGCCUUAAUUACUGUGUCGAGGAAUAUAUUUUUUCGCAACAAUGAAAACAGAAAUGAAGCUGAUGUAAAGAAGUUAAAGUUUUGUCAGAGUGAAAGCGAUUUUAUCACAUAUUUUAAUGUCUACAAGGAAUGGGUAACAGUGCCAAAAAGUUCUAAGAAUAAGUGGUGUGUUCUCAACUGCAUUAAUGCACGAUCCAUGAGAUCAGCUCAUGAUUUGAUUAGUGAAUUAACUCACAUUCUUCAGAAGGAACUUGAUUUAAAAAUGUCUGUGAAGUUCAAUGAUGAAGUAACACCUGACAUGCUGCUUGAAUUGAUAUUCUGCAGUUUUUCUGAAAAUCUUUGUGUUUUUUCUGGCCACAACAAAUUUGGUUACAAAUCACCUAAUCUAGCAGGUUCUCUCGUGAUUCAUCCAUCUUCAUCUUUAUGUACAUUUGGAAAGUACAGACCAGAUUUUAUUAUUUAUGAUAGCAUUUUGAAAACUAGCGAAACAUUUUUGAUAAAUAUAAGUCCAGUAUCUGAAUUUCAAAUUUUGAAAGCUACUUAUGAAGGUAAAAUAAAUAUCUCUUUAGAAAUUCUGAAUCGUCUGAGGAUGAAGAAUGAAUGUUUUUCUCCUUUGGGUGAAAUUAUUCUGCUUCGAUAUUUCAUUGGCAAAGGAGGAGAAAAGAAAAAGACCAUGGAAAAAAAAUUUCAAGAAAUAGUUGGUAGCAAUCAAUUUGCUUUAGAUGUAAAUGUUGCAAGAGGUGACAUUAAAUUGUUUACAAAUCAUGGUUUGAAUGAGAUGUCCCAGAUUGUCAUAUCUACCAUAAAUGAAGCUAAACAGAAACUAUUGUCCGAUGAAAAAGAAGUAUUUGUCAUAGAAAAGUGUAGCACUGUGUCUGCUGUAAUUGGAAGUGGUGCACAAAUAAAGGAGGUCAUAUUUCCUGAUGAUUUCAGGGAAGUUAAAAUUGUUCUAAAAGGUGACAUUUCUAUUUCAGAUGUAAUUGGAAAACUGCAAUUAUGUGGAGAUAUCAUUGAUUGUCGAGAAUGGAAAAAUUAUUUCAAGAUAACUUUUAGCACAGUAUCUGCAGCUAAAAAAUCUGUAGUCGUAUUUGGUAAUGAGCAGUCAUUCUCUUUACAAAGCAUUGUCAGAAAUAAUGCUACCUACCAUGACAGCAGAUAUUAUAGAAUUUUUUUGUCUUUUGUACGUCGUCCUUGUACUGGCUGUGCUUUCUUGACUCUUGAUCAAAGUUCAUUUUCAAGUCAUGUUAUGACAUUGCUAAGUCUUUCUUAUCAACAUUUAUCCUUCAAAGUUGCAAGAAAUACUGGCGAUAUACGUAUCACAGGUUUGGCACCUACCGUUAACAAAGCUGAGUUAGAAAAGUUGCUUGUAUCAAAACUACCCUCUGAUAUAAAAAUAGCAAAACUUGUAAUCGUACGAGAGAAAUCAUUUGAAAAUACAAAAUUAAUUGAAGAAAGUAUUAAGCAAAAAAUAACUGAUGCAUUUUCAAAAUAUGUGUGUAAAGACGACUUAUCUAUUGAAUUAAGAAAAGCUUCUUCCAACAGUGUGUUUUGGAAUGCUACUGUUAGUUUUAAAAAUUCUCAUGAAGGUGAAUCAGCAGCACGCAUUGUUCAAAAAGCUAAUUUAUUUUGUCAGUUUAACCCCAUCAUGGAAGCAUCUAUUUGGUGUAGACGAGAAGUGUUUUCUGUAAUAAAAGACGAAAUAGAUGAAGCCUUAAAAUUUUAUACAAGCAACUCUGAUAGUAGUAAAUCAUUAGAUAUUAAAGCUAUUCCUAAGUCAAAUUCUAAUGUGGAAAUUCGAAUCUCUGCAAAUAAUAUUUCAGAUGUUGUAGACGCACAAAAGUGUAUUUCAAACUUUGUGCUUGGUGAUCAAAUAAAAUGCCGGGGAAAUAGCACUUUGGAAAACCUUUUCACGAAAUUUGGUUUAAGUCGAUUGAAGAAAUUAUGUAGUGAAAAUUCAAAAUGUUUUAUUGAUUUGAACAGCAGAGAGAAGAUAGUAACUUUGUUUGGAAAUGUUUCUGCAUGUAAUAAAGUCAUGAUGGAGAUAAAUAACUUUUUAAUUCAAUUAGAAAGUGAAAAUCUGAAAGAAAUUAAUCUAAUGUCUAAAGGUCAUGCUGGUAUUUUAAGAGAAUUAUUGAAAACAUAUGGAUUUGAUUUAAGAAAGUUAAAAGAACACUGUGAUGCUUCGAAUAUUGAAGUGAACUCACGUAAAUAUGUGUUGGUAGUCAAAGGCUCACCAGAAUCAAUUUCAAAGUGUGAAAAAAUUGUGCAAGAUAUUAAGAAACACCUGCCAGAAACUUCAGUCCUUGAAAAUUCUAGCGAAGUCUGUGGCAUUUGUCAAAUGGAAGUAGCAGAACAAAGACAUCGUUUAGAAUAUUGUGGGCAUGCCUAUUGUAAAGAGUGCUUAUUGCAUUUGUUUCAAAAUUCAGAUUCAUUUCCUUUAAGGUGUCUGGUAUGUGAGUCUCCUAUUGUACUGGUUGAUAUAUCUUGGGCUAUUAAGGAAGAAAAAUCUCUUCAAUAUGAAAUUUAUAAAAAGUCUUUGGAUGCUUUUAUUCUUACUCAAACUGACAUGAAAUAUUGUCCAAGUCCGAAUUGUUCCAUGAUUUAUAGAGCUACAAAAAAUGCAGAAAACAUAUUUAAUUGUCCAUGUUGUGGAAAUUCUAUAUGCACCAAUUGUGAAGCAUUGUUUCAUUUUGGAAUGAGUUGUAGUUUAUACCAAGGCUGUAAGAUAGAUGAUGACUAUUCAUUAAAAGCUUGGAUGAAGGAAGAUCCAAACAAUCGUAAGAUAUGUCCAUCUUGCUCUGCGCCUAUUGAAAAAAAUGAGGGUUGCAAUCACAUGACUUGCUGGAAGUGCAAAACUCACAUGUGUUGGCUAUGUCUUGCUGUCUUUCCAACUGGUGAUGAAGUGUAUAAUCAUCAACCAUUUUGUCCCAGAGCUAAAGAAGUAUAAUUUUUUGUAUUGUUUAGCUUGUGAACAUUGUGUUACUAUUUGUGCAGGCAAGGCAUUGUAUUUUUGAUAUGUAUGUACCUCGUUCUGACUACAUCAUGUUUAGUAAUACAAUUCAUUAUUUAGAUCAACAGUUUAUUGCUUACUUCUGGUAGGAUAUUAGAUUAUUUUUAUGUAAUGAUUUGGUUU